AUGGAUACUUCAGACACGGAGUCUGAUGGCGGGCUUCAAGAGUAUUCAGAUUCCCACAGCGAACAACAGUCAGUUUCCCACAGCGAACAAUCAGGAAAGCGGGGUAAGACAAGAUUACGAAAGCUUUUAAGGGAUACUAAUGGUGAAAGGCGGACUGUUACUUAUGAUGAAGCCAACCAAGCAACCGGUAAAAAUGGUUGCUUGCUCUCAAGUUACAUAGGCAGCGAAGUUGGUCCAAGUCUUGGAUUGAAGUAUACCUGUUGGAAAGAAGUUCCACCUGUAGUGAAGAAAAAGUUAUGGGAGGACGUAACAUUUAAGUUUGAUCUCGACGAAUCAAAGAGGAAAGAUGUAUUGAGACAAUUUUCUGACUUGUGGCGAGGAUGGAGGAAACGAACUGCUGCAAAGCAUGUUACCCCAUUCGAAAAAAGCCGAAAAAAGCUUAAGAAUGUUCCUUCAGAUUUAAGAGGUUUUGUAGAACAAGAAGAAUGGAAAGAGUUUGUAAAACGGAGAUUGAGCGACAAAGGCAAGGAGUUGUCUGAAAUUGGCAAAACGGUACAAGCUCACCACAAAUAUCCGCAUAGGAUGGGACGAAGGACCUAUGCUGGAUUAAAGGACAAACUGUUAAAUGUUGAAAUUAAUUGCUGA